GAGGGAGGGAGGAGUGUGAUUGUCCCCGCUCCGCUCGGUGCUCCACAGAGGGGGACACCGCGAAUAAACAAUUCCCACAGACUGGCUGGCCAUACGGAGCACACCUCCGAUCGGACUGCACGAAGACAAAAAAAAAAAAGAGUCAUUGAGGCAUUUCUGGACUCUGUUUUGAUUUGGAAAGCCCGACUCGCCAUUUUUUGCUGUGGUGCCCGGAGUGACAAGACAGAUGUAUGGCGUUUUCAAUGGAUUUGUCUGCCCGUGUCGAAUAUUAAUGCGCUGACUGGGGGCUGGCUGGACACCGCAGGUCCCCCAUGUGAGAUGUGCAAAGAUUUGCCGCUGAAACCCGAGACCAUGGAAUGUUUAAACAUCUGUCCAGCAAUAUUCCGCUGACUCCUUAUGUUCUUCAUAGUCACAGCGACAUUCUGACAACCUAUGGUGUUUCAAGUUGCCAUUUGUUUCCUUGUAGCGCUGCUGAACCAUACAAGGGGAUCCUAGUAUUGAACAUGACUCAUGGGGAGGAGCCUGGCCCUGAGACACACAAGGAUUCAGCUGUUUUAACUUAUCUGGAAGGUUUACUGAUGCAUCCAGUGGUGGCCGGGCCUGGGGCCACGGCAAGCAGGAGGUCUGAGGCUGCCCACAGCAACCAAGAUCAGGGAGAUAAGGUGGGGGGUCCAUUUCAGCUCCCUACUCACGGACCCACGGCUCCAAAGCCUGGGAACAGUGGGCCGACCAUGGGUGCUUCACAGCACUUGAAGAAGGCCCGCCUCUUGCGCUCUGGGGCUUGGAAUGAUCCAGGGAACCACUGUUUAAGUCCACCACCAGUGGAGCUUAAUGGCCAAGUGGGAGGCCUGCAAAAUGGGUCACAGGAGGAUUCUCCUCAUGGAGGUGAGAGUACUCUUUUGGCUUCCCUGCUUCAGUCAUUCAGCUCACGGCUGCAGAACGUGGCCAUGUCUCAGCACUCAAACAAGCCACCGAGUGAACGCUCCUCUCCUUGCACUGCGCCGCCGCCCGCAGCCAAGGAGCCGCUGCCGGUGUAUGGGACAGCCUCGAGCCGUUUGAAGGGCUUAAUGAGAAAGAGCAAACUUCAAAAUCACAGCAACACCCCUUACAGUCGCCGGGGACACAGUCAUGACAAACCACCGGAAUCACCCCGGGCAGCACACAACGCCACCCCCCCUUCUGCCACUACAGCUUCGGAGUCGGUAUCCUGCGCGGACCGUUUGAAGGCUGUCGCCAACAUGGUGAAAAUACGUUCCAGUCCAGCCCCUUCGCCCAAGCCCAGUGUUGCCUGCAGUCAGUUGGCCCUACUGUUGUCCAGCGAAGCUCAUCUCCAGCAAUACUCCAGAGAGCAUGCGCUCAAAGCGCAGCUCUCAGGUAGGUCUGCCAGUGAAAGACUCGCUGCCAUGGCAAACCAGCAACAUGGCCUUGACCAAAGGCCUCAGAGUGUGGGCGGCGGGACUUUGUCAGAGACUCCAGAGACACUCAAUUGUUCAACCAGCCAAAACGGAGUGACCGCGACACACACGCUAACGACAACACUCCCUCGGUUGGCCUUGUCCAGUCCACAGAGCCCACCGUUGCUGUGCGGUCACAUCCAAAGCUCCUCACCAACUCCCCCGCAUACUCUGAGCCACUUUCACAGCCAGCCGCCAAGGGAAAAGCGGGGGUUCGACUCACGACCCACCCGCCCCCCCCAAACGUGCAGCAGUUUGCUGUUGCUGCUGCUCAACAACCAUAACAACCAGAAGCAACUGACAAAAAAUGGACACCUGGAGGAUAGUUGCAGUGUUCUACCACCGAGCGGCUCCUCAUCGGUUACAUCUGAUAGCGAAUGUUCCACCCAUGAGAAAAGUCUAACCAAGGACAGCAGUGACGCAGAGACUUCCCACUCAAGCUGUUCCCCCAUGGAUCUCUCGAUGAGAAACUGGGCCAAGAGACAAGUUGCAGGGCCAAAAGCUCCCACCCCUUGUUCCGCUUCUCCCUCGCUUUCCACCUUUACACACACUGCAUCCACUUCUACCGCUGCUGUUUCUUCCAAGGCAACGCUAUUCUCUUGUCAUUCUUCCGCUCCACCCACUAAUUCUGUUUUUUCACCGCUGCCCACUGUUCUUUCUUCUGCUUCCAAUUCUAUUUCUUCAUAUUCCUCUUCAUCCGCCUCUACCUCCUCCUUGGACAAACUCACCGAAUCUUUAUUGAAAAAGUGGAAGCCCGAUGUAUCAGGAACAGACAUGGUGAAGAACAAAGAGCGUGAAAUGAACCCAGACUUAAAAUCCCAAUCUAAGGUGACACUCAUGCAGCUUCUGCUCGACCGCAGAAAUAACGAUAUCGUCAAUAAGAACACGGAUGAGGAUUUGCCACUUGAUAUAACUAUGGCCACCAUGACUCGAAGUCAACCUAACGUGUCCUGGGAGGAGUCCGGGACGAAAAGCCCGUUAGAUAAGCCUGUAGCCCCGGUUCAUCCUACGGGCUCCCCAGGCGAUACAAUGUCCCCGCACCCUCCCACUCCCCAGGUCCAGUCGAGCCCGUUGGAUUUGUGCAAGUCGAAAUCCUUCCCUGCUGAGAAGUCUCCGGAGCCCGCCUUCAGUGCCAGUAAACUGUUACAAAAUCUGGCUCAAUCUGGCAUUGCUUCAUCCUCCCCACCAAUCCCAUCUGGCAAAGGCUUGAGCCAGGAGCUUGAUAACAGCAGGCCUUUAGCCCUACUGGAAAGGCUCAGUACCCCAAUCAGUCGAAGCACCACCGCCACCCCGAUCUCUGACAUACCUGCACGGAGUAGCACCCCUUUAAAUAGAAAAGAAACCUUCCCCCCCCCUUCACAGAUCGAGAACCUUUUGGAACGGCGCACUGUGUUGCAGCUUCUUCUAGGGGCGGGUUCGACGACAGCUUCGGCUUCAGUCAGCCGCAAAGACGGGCCUGAAGGGAGCGGUCGGAGGAGCGCAGAGUUGCAAGGGAGGACUUAUGACAGGAGCCCCAGCGUCUCAAACAUCUUUGAUAGUGCUAACGUUGAUGUCAGAGUCAAAACAGAGGAAGGGCUGGGGCCGUCCCUUUCUGCGGACGUCAACAACAGAAAGAGGCAGACCGUCCCUCUGUCCGUUACAGACUUGAAAGCUGAACAUCGGCCAGCUGAGGUUAUCGCAAAAUACGGUCUACUCAGCCAGUUGCUUAAACAUCAGACAGCCACGUACUACACUAGUGCUGUUUUGCAAACGGAUUCACAAAGCAGACAGGUCAAAGAGGAAAAGAGAGACUAUUGCAGCCCCAGUCCGAAGAAGAGACGUUUGUGUUCAGACCAGACCGACCGUUUGGACGGUACCAAGUCUCCGAGAGCGUUUCAAAGGGGUGACGCAACUCUUUUUGCCAAUCUCGGUGCCCAGGUGGCGCCUGACCAGCAGAGGCAUCUGAAAGAAGAGGAACUCCCAACCAGGAGUCCAGCAAGAGAAACGUUUAGCAGAGAGAGUCGGGGAUUCAAUGUGCUGAAACAACUGCUGCUCUCUGACAACUGCCUGAAAGAGUUGUCUCAGCAACAUCGCGGAGCAUCCAGCCCUUCCGUCCUGCAGGCCAACGGCAAGGCCAACGGCAACGUCCUCACUCAACCUGCCCCUAACCACAGCUUCCUCCACCUGCCCAGCUGGCACCCUCACGGUUCGCUCAACUCAGGGCUUUUAGGUACCGUCAGAACACUGCCCACCCCUCCGCUAAAUGACGCUCAUCAUUCAGCGCCAUGGCAAGCUACACACAAAAGAGAGCCGCCCAGUCUUGUCAAACAGGAGCCGGAGAGCCCCCUUCAAUGGAAUAACAGUCAGGAGAACGACGAGGCUUGCGACUCCAACCCGGACUCCCCUCGGCUGUCGCGUUCCAACCCUAUCCUGUAUUACAUGUUGCAGAAGGGCAGUGUUCAGCUAAGAAAGGAGCUGAAGAACCAGCCGGAAGCACCUCAGUCUGUUGUGAAAAUUAAAGAAGAGCCAAUCAGUGACAUGCAUGCCUAUGAACAAAGCUCCACCCCGCAAUCACCAAGCAAGCGCAAUGACAAGCACAGCCAUGACAACCAGAGGCUGAGUCAGUCAUCUGAGUAGAAGUUGUAUAAUCAAAUAUAAUGUGAUGAAUUAUUGAUUUUUUUCUUUCUUUCUUUCUUUCUUUCUUCCUACUGCUUGCCAAAUGGGUUGAGAGAGAGAGAGACAAAUGACAAAGAGGGAAAAAAAAAUGCUGGUUCAAAUUGCACAUUUUGUUUUCUUGAAGUGGUUCAGUUUGACAAAGAUCUAUAUUUGGCUCGACUUACUACUGAAACAACCAAAAUUCUCAAAAUAACUCAUCAGGCCCUUUGUAUUUGUAUUUGAUCGAGUUUUUCCAUGACCUCCGCUUCUUAUUUGAGAGUAAAAAAAUGAUUGGAUUUAUUUGAUAUCACCAUCUAAUGUCUCCAUUGUUGCCUGCCAUUAACAAAAAUAUUAUUGAUGGUACCAAAAAAAAAUGGCAGCACUCAGUUGAGUGUUAUAUUCUCCAUCCCAGCGGUUAUAGCGAAAUCAAUAUUCACACUGUAGCCUUGUUAAGUCAAGGUUCAAAGUGUAAUGUAAUAUAAUGACAGUGUGAUUCUGCCAAGAGAAAUUUGAUUGCUCACCGACCGACCGCAUUUGUUGUUUUAUUUGAUUUCCACUUUUCCACAGUGCAAAUUCAGGGAGGCGUGUUAGCAGCGUACGGUGUCGUUUUUAGUCAAUUGUUACGCAUGUGUGGUUUUCUGCAAAAUGGGAAAAACGUCAAGCUUACCCCCGGUCAUUUCUAUUUGUGCACAAAGUUUGAAUAUGAAGCACAUUGGCUUUGACUCCUAAUUUCUUCUCAAGGAGCGCCCAGAGGUUGCACUAUUGAAGCCAAAUCCUCCGUGUCCUUUUUGCAGAAUAAUUAAAUGGCAUGUGAUAAUAAUGUCAGUAUUGUUAUCUGUUGACAAUUUGACAGCUAGUGGUUUUCCCCUCCAUUUCUUAAAUGUUGUGCUUUCUAUUCUAGCCCAUUCUGUGGUCAUCUCUUGAUUCAUAAAAAUGUCCCCCAAAAAAAGAAUUGCAUGAUAAUGAAGAGAAGACCACGGGGUUGUUUUGGUCAAACCAUUGACUGACUAAUACUGUAUUCUUUUCAUUUUUCAUUUCACAUGCCGCUUUUCUCCACUUAGUCGUGUGAUCUUUUGCAAUCCAUAUUCAUACUGUUCUGUCUCUUCCAGUAAUUGAUACAAUUUCACAAGGGUUCAGUGUAUUUGUGUAAAUAGUACUUUCAGUAUGAAAGAUGACUAUUUUGUAAUGUUUGAGCAAAGAUAUUACCCUAGUUUUUAUUGCGCUGAUAUGUAAAUAUGAAUUAUAUGCGUACAGUUGUACAUACAAAAGGAAGAGGAUGAUAUGCCCAUCAUUUUUGCUUUGUUUUUUGGGGUUGGAUGGUUUGUUCUUUGCAUGUGUCUAUGUGGUAAAUGAUAAUCUAUUCUGCGCCGUGUUGUGUAAUAAUGUCUGACUCUCCUCACUGCUGCCUGUUGCAUGCAGACGCAUGGGAACCUACCUGUGUAUCCAUCCCCAUUGGUGAUGGGGGAAAAAUGUUAAGUCUUAAAAAUAGGUCUCUUUUUUUAAUCACACACACACACACACACACACUUUCUUUGAGAAGAUACGACGGUCUUUAAAUAACCACAGACUGUUGAACAAUUUGAUGAAAAACAUGUGAAGAAUAUAAAUGUGCAUUGAAUAUUUUUGUGAUUUAUUUUUUUUUUCUGUUACUGGUUAACAAAGCUCCAUGUAAGGGCUUUAGUGAAGAAUUGACGUACAAUCAUAGAUUUGCAAUGUGCAUCUAAGAAUUUGUAGCCGCAAUUACAACAAAAAAAAGGGUGGUUCAUUUUUUUCAUGUGAAGACCUGAAACAGUUGUUUUUUUAUGUUUUCAUUUUUUGGUGUUCAUUUGCACUGAUAUCUCUGAAAUAAAGUUCUGAAAUGCAUGACCUA